AGGGUUGUUGGGAGGAGUCGAUGGCGUAAUGAGUCCUCCAGCCUGCAGUCACCUUCCUCCCCUCAAGGGGCUAAGAGGCCGAGUGUCAGGGGUCCGAGGGUGCUGUGACCAGGAGGCCCCAGGCACCAAGGUGCCCUUGUAAGCCAGUCCAGGCCUUCAAACCACGCUGAUGCCACAGGGUCGGGCGCUAGUCCAGCCAACCUGAGACUCUGAGCCGGUGAUUCUGAGUUGGCACUUGGAGCCUGCCCAGCCCAGUGGGUCCUCCUCAUUCAGGCCUGGGGGUCCUGCCAAAGGAGAAGCCAUGCCGGGCACCGGCCCCAGCGAGAGGAUGACGUGGCCCGGGCCAGCCCUGCCCGCGGCCCCCCCAACCCACCCUCUCUCCUCAGCCCCCGGGAUCCCAACCAUCCCGCCUCUCACCCGGACCCGCAGCCUCAUGGCCAUGUCCCUCCCGAGCAGCAGACGGACCCCAGCCGUGCCACGCAGUGGGGGCCCUUGGGGCCGCAGUGGCCUGGCGGUGUUUGCCCAGUGCCCGCAGCUGCCCCCCAGCCAGAGCGAACACCUGCCUCUCCUUCCCGCCUCCAGGCGCACCUCCCCACCCGUGAGCGUGCGGGAUGCCUGCGGCGCCUCCUCCCUCAGCAGCAGCAGCAACUCGGGCUCCUGCAAGGGCAGCGACGGCAGCCCCACGCCCAGGCGCUCCAUGAAGUACAUGCUGUGCAGCGACAACCAUGGCAUCAAGCCACCCACGCCAGAGCAGUACCUCACGCCACUGCAACAAAAGGAGGUCUGCAUCCGUCACCUGAGGGCCCGGCUCAAGGACACACAGGACCGGCUCCAGGACCGGGACACAGAGAUCGAUGACCUGAAGACACAGCUAUCGCGCAUGCAAGAGGACUGGAUCGAGGAGGAAUGCCACCGCGUGGAGGCCCAGCUGGCCCUGAAGGAGGCACGCAAGGAGAUCAAGCAGCUCAAGCAGGUCAUCGACACUGUCAAGAACAACCUGAUGGACAAGGACAAGGGGCUGCAAAAAUACUUCGUGGACAUCAACAUACAGAACAAGAAACUGGAGACGCUACUACACAGCAUGGAGGUGGCCCAGGAUGGGGUGGCCAAGGAGGACGGCAGCUGUGCCGGAGAGUCUUCCGGGGGCUCCCCUGCCCGCUCCCUGACCCGUAGCUCCACCUAUACCAAGCUGAGUGACCCAGCCGUGUGCGGAGGCAACCCCCAGGGGGUGCCUGGCGAGGAUGGCCCCGACAGUGGCUGUGUUACCACCGAAGACACACUGAGCCGCACGGAUGGGCUGGAGGCCAGCAGCCUGGUGUCUUCGGGGGUGGACUGUGGCCCAGAUGAGGCCUCGCUGCACAGCUCCUUCAGCCUGGGCCCUCGCUUCCCUGCCAGCUGCGCCUACGAGAAGCUGCUGUGUGCCAUGGAGGCCGGAGUGCAGGUCAGCUGCAUGCAGGAGCGUGCCAGCCAGACGGACUUCAUGCCAUGCCAGCCUGACCUGGAUGCUAUCCUGGAAAAAGUGAGCAAGGCCCAGGUGUGCGGCAUAGACCCCGAGGCGGGGAACAGGUGCCCCAAGCCCGAGCCCAGAGUCCUGGGGCCCAGGGACCCUAACUCCGCCGUGGUGGUGACAGUGGGUGAGGAACCAGAGCCCAUCACCCGUGGACCCACAGCCCUCCGGCCUAGCAUCAACCCCAACCCCGGCCCAUCGGUGAGCGUGGCAUGCCCCGAGGAGGAAGAGGAGGAGGAAGCUGCGGCUGCGGCCGAGAAGGAGCCCAAGAGCUACUGGAGCCGCCACUACAUCGUGGAUUUGCUGGCGGUGGUGGUGCCCGCUGUGCCCACGGUGGCUUGGCUGUGCCGCUCUCAGCGCCGCCACGACCAGCCCAUCUACAAUAUCAGCUCCUUGCUGCGGGGCUGCUGCACCGUGGCCUUGCACUCCAUCCGUAGGAUCAGCUGCCGUUCACUCAGCCCCCCGGGCCCCAGCUCUUCGGGCAGCGGCUCCCAGCUCUGAGGGGGCCCAGCCGUGAUUGUAGGGGCACUAUCCGCUCCCGCCUUCCGCAGGGGUAGAGGAGUCAGAAUUUUUUAGUGUGGGUUCUGGGAACUUUUUUUUUUUAAUUCCAGGGAGGGUAAGGGGGCAGCCCUAAGGGGAGAAGGGAUGAGAACAGAAGCAGGAAGAUACUUAAUAUAAUUAAUUAUAUUUUAAUUAUAAUUAAUAAUAAGUAAUUAUCAGAGGGGACACUGGCUCCGAGAGGGUGAUGAGCUCUUUGCCUCCAGUCCUGCCAUCCUGCUCAGGAAGACUUGGAUCUGUUGAUCUGAGAGGUUGGCCCAAAGCAUCCCCUGCCCCCCCCCCCAUUCAUGUUCCACCUUCUCUCACAAGCCACCCCUUGCCCAGCCAGGUUUCAGGGCCAGUAUUAUCCCCCCAGAUGAAGAAGCCUUCCUCCCUGCUUUUCUUCAGCUUUUCUGCAAGGUCUAGGAUGGCUCGGAUCUAUCCUGGGGCUCCCCACUCUGGGUCACUUAGGCUGGAGGCAAGACGGGAAGGACAGGAGGAGGCCAAAGGCAGGUGGGUUUCGUGUUUGUCUCUUGUCCCAGUCCUUCCCCUCCCACAAGCCAUCGACCUGGAUGUGCUGCAUCCUUCUCAGAGCUAAGUCCCACUCCUGCUGAACCCUGCAGGCUGGGAGUCAGGAGACAAGGUUGACAGCUGGGGGGUGAGGGUGGGAAUGUUCCUGCCUUCUGAGACCAGGCCCUGAUGUGGGGGAUGGAGGGGGACCCACGGCCAGACUCAGCAAUGCUCUGCUUGUUUGAAAAGCCAGAGCCCCCAGCUAUCCCACAGAGCACACCCCAAAUUUCUCUGUGGGCCAAGCUCGGGCCAGACGCCCACUUUGCACUCUGAUCCUUCCAGGGGUUUACUUGUCCCACGUCUGGGAGAAGUCAGGGGCUGCCUGCUGGCUAGGAUGAGGGUUCCUCAGUCUUAGGCCUGUCUGUCUGCAGGGGCAGGAGUUGGGGGCACUCCUAGAAGACGGGUAUUGGAGCCAUGAUGCUCAUCUAGGCCCAAGCAGUGGGGGAGGUCAAGGGUGAUUCCCAGGUAGGGGUGUGGUAGGCUGGAGCCCCCUCACUCCCAGCCUGAGCUCUGUCAGUCUGGGGGGUGCACUGUCCACCCCUGCCUUCCCCAGAAGCCCAGCCAUGCUGCCCACAUGGAAUCCCCAGCAUGACUCUGAGAGUCUCCCACCUACCCCAGCCUACCUACGCUGCUCUCCCAGCUGCUGUGCAGAGGUUAGGCCCAGCCUGAGCUAGGGAUGUGUCUCGGCCCUUUAGCCUCAGGGCCACUCUAGUUCUCUGCCUAGGUUGCCUGCCCAAGCCCCAGUUCCGCCCUGACUUGUGGGCUCAUUCCUUCUGGUCCCUAGUCCCCACCCACAUACCUGCAAGCCUGGGAGCCAGCCAGAGGCCAGCCCGGCCACAGAGCACAAGCUCCCCUCCCCACCUCACGCUUUGUGCCUCCAAGGCUGCCCCCACUUUGGCUGGGCUGCUGACUAGCCAGCCACCCUUUGUGGACCAAACCCCCUCUUCCCCAAGCCCACCCCCAGACCCUGGGACUGAAUGGGGGGCCGCCCUCAGGACAUGGAGGGUAAUGUGAGGGUCUUGUGCCCCGCCCAUUCCAAAGCCUAGCCAGAACUGCCCCCAGCCCCUGUCCUGGACGUGCACUCCAGAAGCCCAGAAGCUGCUCAGAAACAAAGCUUUGCCUAGGAAAUAAAUGUGAGGCUUUAUUUGACAACGUAAAAAUCUGUUCUUCACCUUGGAAUGUCCUCGAGCUGUGUAACUGCCCCCCCACACACACACACACAGUCUUGCCCGCAUCUCGCCAUCUGUGACCUUCCUCAUGUGGCUUAUGCUUUGGUAAUGGUGGUCGGUGGAGGCUGCUGUCUGCCAUGUCCUGGCUCCCUGAUGGAGCAUCCCUCCCAUUGGUCCAUGGGCCGGGACUGGGCUCCAGAAAUGAGGGAGAAAGGGAGUCUAUUUUUGCACUGGCCCCAGGCCCCCUCAUCCACUGUGCCUGUUGGGGGGGCCUGUGGGGGCCUUUGAUGGGCUUGGCUUUGCCCAUAGAGAUGGCUCCCACCCCAGCCUUGGGGUAGACCUGGGGUCACGUGGGCAGGUGACCCAGGGCUCUUGAGUGUAUGUCUGUGUCUGCGUGUGUCCAUGUGUGUAAUCGUUUUGCAUCUAUGCAAAAGGUGCAGCCAGCCUUCCCGGGCAGCCCAGCGUGGAGGCACAGGCCUGCUGGCUCAGGCCCUAGCCCCGCCACCACAGGGCCCACUCUGAGGAGCUGGAGGGCCAGGCCUGGCCUCCUGCUACUGCUCAUCCUCCAAAGCGCCCCAUGCCCCCUGCCUCAAACCCCCUCCUGUCAGCUGGGAUCUUUCCCUCUUGGGGACCACCCCCUCCCCAGCCUCUGGCCCCCUCGCUGCUGGGCUCCAAAGGAACCAUGUUCCCAGCAACGCCUUCCGGAACUCUGCUGCCUUGGGGCCCAGCAGGCAGAGGAACUUCUGGUUCUGUGGCCAGACUACAGCUGCCCGCUUGCCUCACUCCAGGGAGUGAGUAUGGAGGAGAACACGCUGGGCUUCCUCUGGUUUAUUCCAAAUAUCUCCAAAGGGGGAAACAUAGCUUUUUUACCCAGCGCCUUUCCCAAUGGGGGUUAUGUGACCACGCCCAGAGGGCGGGGGCAAUGUCAGGGUUCACAAGCCAAGACCCCCUGAACUCACACCCCAUCGAUGGGUCACAGUGCACUCAUAUUAGACCAUCCCCCUGAUACAAUUCAGGGGACACGGGCGAGGGGAGGUGGGGGGGGUCUUCACUUCUGUCACCUUCGUCCUUUUGUUCAGCCAGAGUUCUACCUGCGGCGCUCGGCUCUGAAUAAAGCAUGGAAACACCAACA